CACACUCGUCUCCACCUCCUUCUUGCCUGUCUGAUCAAAAGGUAGAAGGGGGGGUUAGAUGAUGAAGAAGUGAAAGAGGGGGGGGGUCCUAUUUUCUUAAGAGCGGAAAAAGCGUCACAGCGAGUGCAGAGCGCAGCACGGAGGACGGAAGAGAGGGAGACGCAUCACGGUGAGGGGGAGAUAGAGAAGACGGUGGGAGGAGGCGACAGCGGGUCGUAAACACGACAGAAAACGGCGAAUAGGACGGCAGAGAGCGGCGAUCACCCCCCACCGCCAACCCUCCUCAUCUCUCCAUCUCCAUCCUUGUCUGCGCCGUUCGGCUCAUCCCUUUGCGCACCGGAGCGGAGCGGUGUUUUCUGUUUUCUCUUUAUUUUAAUCCUCUCUGGACAAAACCUCUGCUCGGUCUGUCAGAGGAUAAACACCAGAAGCAAGAGAGGAGGCUGUGCCAUCACCACCGCCGACAGGAUCCACUGGAGGUGGUGCACGGGACGAUCAUCGGCGCAGGCGAUUCGGUGGAUAAAACCAAAGGAGGGGGUAAACACUACGAGAUGACCAUAGAGUAACCCGGCUGAAGCACACACACACACACACACACUGAGACAGAGAGAGACCCCGGCCGCCGGCUACCACCGAGACUCCAGCAUCACCAAUGCGAUGGCAUAGCGGUUUCUGCUGCAAGACUACCAGACUAGACUCAGACCAGCAGGGCUCGCAUCCACCAUGAAUCUCUGAAAGACAUCCGACACAGGCACAGAUGGGAUGAAAAUGCGGCGGCACAGGGUGUUCUUGCUCUGCACAGUGGGCCUGUGCGUCAUCUCCUUCCUCCACUACUACAAGGCCCUCCACUACGUCUCCCUGCUGCGCGAGCUCUCAGCGCCGUACCCCAACAUCAAGUCCUUCAUCAUGGUCACUGGCUUCUUCUGGAGGGAGAAGGGUGUAGGCACCACCCCGCUCAGCCCCGCCUCUCCUGAAGAGGCCCCUCCCCUACCCGUCCUCCGUCAACCGGACACCAAAGCAAGAGCUGUAGCGGGCGCUGUGGGAGGGGGAGGAGGAGGUGGAGGAGGAGGAGGGAUGGGGCUGGGGAUCGGCGGAGUUAUGGUUGGAGGUGCUGGGAUCGUUGGCAGCGCAGGGCUGGAGAUGAGGUUGAGGGAGGAGCCGGCGCCCCCUCACCCUUGGGAGAAACCAGAGGAGAAUGAGCGGGGAGACACUCCGAAUGAGGAGAGAGCUGAAGACCACUUGAAGCAGCGGAGCCCCAGUCACCCAGCCCAAGAUGCCGGGCCUGACCUCCCAGAGGUCCCAUUUGUGGAUAAAGAGCACCUGGACGUGUUGCUCAAAAAUCAGUUGCCAGACCCCAUAGAAUCCAUGGGAGACCUCCACACCCGCAAAUUCCAGCUUCAGGAUGACAAAACACCUUACUUUGUCCGAACCAAAGCUGGGGCCCUUUGCUUCAGGCAGGGGACAGAGGUGGCUACCCCAAAGGAGUACUCUAGGAAAUCAGGGGGGUCUGUGGCUAAUGGAGCCGGGGAUGGUGCCCGAGCUGCUGGGCAAAGGAAACCUCUGGAGGUCCAGCAGCAACCCUCCGUAGCUCCAAAAGCCAAGACGAGGGUCAGGGGCAACGGGAAGCGGCUGGUUAAGUGUGUAUGUCGGCCGGGAUGGCACGGACCUUACUGUGGGGUUCCCACCAUGGUGUACCACUCCAAUUUGCCCACCAAGGAGAGGCUGACGCCCAGAGAGACCCCACGGAGGGUGAUCAACGCCAUCAAUGUUAACCACGAGUUUGACCUGCUGCAUGUGCGCUUUCAUGAGCUCGCACAAGCAGUUGAUGUAUUCCUUAUAUGCGAAUCCAACUUCACUGCCUAUGGAGACAAACGGCCUCUGAGUUUCCUGCGGCUCCUUCUCAAUGGUACGUAUGACUACAUACGUCACAAGAUCCUGUACGUGUUCCUCGACCACUUUCCGGAGGGUGGUCGGCAGGACGGCUGGAUUGCUGAUGACUACUUGCGUACCUACCUGACACGCAACGGCAUGUCCAGGUUGAUUGGCAUAAGACCGGACGAUGUCUUCGUCAUCAACGACGCGGAUGAAAUCCCAGCACACGAGGGUCUGGUUUUCCUAAAGCUGUUUGAUGGCUGGACAGAGCCUUUUGCCAUCCACAUGCGCAAGUCACUGUACGGCUUUUUCUGGAAGCAGUUUGGCUCUCUAGAGGUAAUAUCAGGCUGCACAGUUGAAAUGCUCCGCGAGGUCUACGACGGCGACGGUAUCAAGCUCCGCCGUCGCGAAUACUACACCAUGCCGGGUUUCCGCAAGUACGAGAACGACACAGGCCACAUCCUGGUGCAGUGGUCAGUGGGCAGCCCCUUCCACUUUGCCGGGUGGCACUGCUCCUGGUGCUUCACGCCCCAGGGGAUCUACUUCAAGCUGGUGUCAGCGCAGAACGGAGACUUCCCGCGGUGGGGCGACUACGAGGACAAGCGUGACCUCAACUACAUCCGCGAUCUGAUCCGGACGGGGGGCUGGUUCGAUGGCUCCCUGCAGGAAUAUCCACCUGCGGACCCCAAAGAGCACAUGUACGCACCCAAGUACAUGCUGGAGCACUAUGACAGGUACCGCUACCUCCUGGAGAACCCUUACAGCAAAGUGUCCAGACUGAGUGAGGGCUAGGAGUUCAGCUAGGAACAGAUAGGUGAAAUAACUAGUAGGACCCAAGUGAGGCCUCAGCACUGAGUUUUGGGGGGGCGAAACGGUACUGAUGAACUACAUCUCUCAUUGGAGCAAUACUACAUGUAUCUCCACCAGGCAGCACUGAUGUUGCAGGGACUUAAAAUCUCUUAAAAAUAAUUAUUUUGGGGUCAAAAAAGGGAACACUGAAUCGCAUUCACCAUGGAUUUGCGGAGCGAACAUCGAGAGGAUACAACCACUGGAUAAACAAAAUCAUAAAUUUCCUCAUUCCUCCCUUUUUGGGGGAGGAGCCAAGCUAUCUCUCUUUUUGUCACCCCACCCCGUCCUCUCUUUCUUCGCCCGAGCCGAUUCCACACGCCUGCUGUCUGAGAGAAAGAGGCCGCGUCGGCGUAAAAAAAAAAAGAGGGAUAUUUCGCAGUCCUUAGAAGCCUGUGGAGAAACUUGGAAGUGAAGAAUUGUUUUUUUUUCCUGUCUGUGUUUACUGAAGUUUAUGGACUGGCUGAUGUUCCCACCUCACUCUUCACCUUCAGAUGUCUUCCUGUCAUAUUUGGUGACCUCCUUCCAGAAACAGACACACGUUCAGAUAUUAUUCUUGGGUCUCAGUAGAAAAGUAUAAAUCCUAUUAAACCCCGCUGGAGUACCCACUGCCAAAUGAAAAGGAAUGACUUGAUGGAGAAGCCUCAGCUCAUGUAUUCUCACUCAUCCACACGCACCUUAGACCUGUCUGUGUGUUUGUAAAAAGUGUGUGUGUGUGAGAGAGUGUGGUCUGUCUUAGUGUCAUAUUGCGAGGUUUUGGGCUGUGAAGGGGGGACAAGAUCAGCAUGAGGAAACAGAAAGCAAGAAAUAAUCACCAGGGGGGCAACAGGGAAGAAAGACAGAAAGCGAGAUGGGAAAACACAACAAGCAAGACAGAAGGCAGGAAAGAAAGGAGAGUAAUGAGGGAGGAAGAGAGAGGCGAUGAAAAGGAAAAAAAAGGAGGCUCUUUCGAUGUUCCCUUUUCCCACAGUGUCUGCUGACGCACGAGCGUUGCAGGGAUGAGUGUGCAGAAUGUGCGCAAAUGUGUGUGUCCCUCAGAGCUCACAGACAGCUCUGAAUAAAUCAUGCCCUGUCGAUGGCAUCCGAGACGGUUGAAACUCGCCGUUAUUGUUUGUCCGAUGAGAACAACCGAGGCCUGUUGGGGAAAAGAUCACCCCUCAGUUUCGUCUUUCUGUCUGUCCAGCAGCCGAGAUGACUUUGUUUCCUUGGAAACUAAAGUAUCUGAAAAAGGAGACGGGAUGGGUGUUGUUAAGAUGAGUGGGUGGGUUCACAUCAGGCGAGGAGCUGCAGCGUUCAAACGAGGUCAGCGCCGACUGCAGGUCCCCUCAGUUAAAUAUUCCUCUUCCUCCUCAGCCAUCAAUCGCCCACUCUCUGAAAAUGACUCUCCCGAGCUCUUUCUGUCUCUCUCCUGUCCUCUUUUUUCUUCUUUACGCCGCUAAGUGUCUUUUUUUUCCGUCUUUGUUGUUGGUGUCCUUUUAAUCCUCAUUAGCGAGGCACUUUUUUUUCUCGUCAAUUCAAUUAUUAGUCUUUCAUUCUCUACCCAUACCCGUCUCUGUCAAAAUGGUGAAAUCUUCAACUCUUCCUCUAACUUUCCCUCUCACACACACACACACACACACACACACACACACACGCACACACUGGCGCUCAUGCUUCAUUUUGGGUGUGUGUCUAUUUCACAAGAAUUUCUUGUUUAAAUAAUAGGGACAUAUUUAUCUUCUCUCCACAUCAUUCCUCUUCCCCUGUCUCUACAGGACAGGGCAGUCGUUACCAUGGCAAUGCCUUCCCUGUGCCCACAGAUCACUAUCAUCUGAGCAAUAGGCAUGAGCGCUCAUGCCUCUUGCCUUCUCCCUGCCGUAGUCGGCUGUCAGUGUGGCUAGAUGCCGAAAUCCCCACCCCACCGCGGUUUGGCAGGAGUUGGCGAUGUUGCGGACAAUUUGGCGAGCAUAGUUUUCUCUGCGGGUGUCUCAUGUGGGCUGUGGCCAGCGAUGGGUUGGGUUACACUCUUGUCAAGGGCAAGGAAAUCGUAGCAGCAAUAUUAACAAUUCCUGGGAGCAAUUAAGGGAAAGUAGGAAACUAAACAUGCAGCAGACAGACAAGUCAAAAACAGCAAAGGCUUUGAUUUUUCUUUUAAUUGCAGAUUGACGGCAUUCACCAUCUGCUUCUUCAACGCCUGUUUGGGCUUUACAGUUAUUGUUUACACCAGCUUCAGGCAAGACGCUGUUUCAAAGUGAGCAGUGCCUCAAGAGGACUAAAAAGUUUUGGGGAAGGAAACUUGGUAAAAUGUAGAGGGGUGAGGACAGGACUGAGAAUAUUUUAAAACCUGGAGGCAAAAGUUUGAUGUUGCAGCUUUAAUUUCACAUCCAAACAAACAAGACACUGACACAUAAGUCUAAAAAAGAAAAUGCCUUGAAUGCUCCUCGCUUAAAGUGUCCUUGAGUAAGACGUUGGACCGUAGCCAUCAGUUAAAACCCCCCAAAUGUGUGAUUAAAGAGUCAGUGACAGAGUAGCUAACAAAGCUGAGAUCUUGCAAACUUGUGUAAGCAAAUCUGAGUAUGACUCGGUCACCGCGCUGGCUCUUCAUGGCUGUGAGCUCAUAGUGGGAAAAGCAGAUUAGCCAACAGGCCGCUGACAGUUGUGUUGGGUCUGUGCUGCAGCCUCGAUGGCAGUGUGGUCUGCGGCAGCAGCUGUUAGGGGUUUGGUGUUGGUGUUGGGAGCCAAACUCCCAUCCAACCCCAGAGGGGCUGCAGAGAAACAAGCUUUAAAUAGGAUUUGACAUUAUAGGACCGAGGAGACAACAACAAUGCUGGGUGUGAUGCGUUAUAUCCCUAUAUUGGAUUUUCUGCCUUUUGAAAAGGUGAUAAUUGAUACUGAUUGACGGAACAAAAAUGGAACAGAUGAUGAAUUUUGAAGGGAAGGGUAGCAAAGGUAACUUGAGUCUUGGGUUGACAAAGUUGAUAUUGUGCUUUCUAGAGAUGUUAAAUCAUGAAUCCAGGCAGUUAUCCAAAGAGGAAUGGUUGUGAACCACUUUGGAUUUCAUCACUUUGCUUCAGCUGCUUCGUUUUUUUGUGCGAUUCUGUGGCAAGUGGAAUUAAAAACUGUUUGCAAAACAUCCACUCCUAAAAAUUAACAUUUAGAAAAAUACUUUAUAAGCUUUUUGAGCAAAAAUAUCAUCAGUGAAUGCUGGUAUCAAACUGACCAAAGUAUUGAAGGCUAGGUUCACAUUUCAAGGCUCAAUGCUCAAUUCUGAUUUUUUUUUUCUCCCUAGAUCCGAUCUUUCUCCCUAGACUGACGUGACACAUAUCUGACAUCAGUGUGAAUGUAUCUCUGCCCUUAAAAGCUUCACAUGUAACCAAUAACAUUUUAGUCAUGGGAAACAAAAACGUCACAUUUAAGGGAAAAAAUGAGUGACUUAGCAGUGCAAGCUUUCAUCUCCCAAAUGAUUUGCUGCAGAGGUUGAAUGACAGUUCAUCAUAUGUUGAGCAUGAAGGUCAGAAAAUGAAGGAACGCAAAAGUUGUAGAAAAUGUUAGCUGCUAUUGCUGGUAGUUCUGUGGAUAGAAGUGUGGGUGUAGCCAGGAGAGGAGUCAGGAGUGAUGGGCCUGCAGUGCGGAGGGUUUCAGGGAGGAAUAGUUCCUAUCCAACUUUAGGAUGUCCACUAUCUCUGUCGGUGCCUCACCACAACACUGUCAUGGCAUGUAGGCAACCUAUUCCCAUCAGAAAGCAUCUGGCAGUCAGGCUCUAGUGGGUGGCGACUGAAGCAGCCUACCGCAACAGAGGUACGGCCUCAGCAGCCUUCUGUAGUUUCAAUGAACAGCUGCGACACUACAUGGUGAGUGAUCUGGGCCAGCACAGUGACGUAUGAUGUGGUAAAAACCAUGGAUGUAUGAAAGAAACACACAUGAAUUCCUACAUGACCAUUCUGACAGGGGUCGCAUGUGUAGCGUCUGGAUAAGUACGGCUCUAGGACCACAUAUGAAAGUGGCCUGGAUCUGAGUGGAUGAAGUUGGAUAACUGCGUUCACUCUACUGUAAAAAAAAAAAAAAAAAAAAAAAAACAGACACGUGACAGCCAAAAAAAAAUCGUAUUUGAGCCACAUUUGCUCGUAAUGUGAACAUAGCCUAAUUUGAUGUACAAAAAAACAAACAGAUCUUACGUACUUCCCUCUGACUUCAGGGCUGUAAACCAAAACCAUGUGCAGGCUCUCCCUGUUUGUCUGUCUGGUGAAAUAAAAGUUCCUAUUCUCAUUUACACGAUGCCACGUGCAAAGAAAACAAAAAGUUUGUGCUGCAUAGCUCAAAGUCAUCUCAGAAAUGGGGCCACGAGGGUGGCUGUUCAAUCCCAUCAAGGGCUGGGCAGUGUGUUUGUGUUUAAGCUCUGCCAAGAGACAUUUAACCAGAGUUAACUCCCAACUCAGGCCUGCUGCAAUCAGGCUGCACAUCUGGUGAACGGUGUGUGUGUGUGCGUGUGUGAGUGUGUGUGUGCACAUAUCAGUAUGUAUGCUAUGCACUUCCAAAAUCAUGUGUGCACGCAACAGACUGAGUGACUCAUGCCAGAUAAGGGUGUCUGGCCCGCUACGAGCCAGGGUUAAAUCACUCGGCCUGUUGCCCCGUUAUCGUCAUGGCAACACUCCUCUUGAUGAAUUUCUGAGAUCCCUAACAGCCUGAAGUCAUCAACCAAGAUAGCAGACCAGUAGGAUAAGAGGUGAGGGAGAGCAGAGGGAGGAUGAUUGAAGAAAACCACCAAACAGUUUUCUAUUUAAUUCUGCUUACACAACCCGACCUGAGUAAAAAAUGCAAAAACCUCAGUCGCUUUCAGUAAAUGUCACGGCACCACAGAGCCGAGAAUAGUGACACAGACACAUGCAGUGUGCACCAUUAAACUGCACACACCUCUGUUUUUUUUUUUCUCGUCGAUUUGACUGACUCACCACAGCAAGCAAACAAUUUGUACGAGAAGCAGAAAAGGUAGACAGAAAAAAUAAAUCUUGAUUCAGGAAUAAAACAUGAAUGGGGAAUAUUUUUCGGACAGAGCGAAAACAAGACAAAAAAAGACAGAGUCGUGGUUAAAUCAGAGCCAAGGCUUGAUGAAUGGAGACUCAAAUCCAAAAAGAGACAGUUUGGAAAUAAUCCUGUCAGUGCUGUUCCCUGCAACUGUCUCAUUGGAUGUAGCAUGGUAAUGACAUCGGGAGAGGAGGGAGGUAAUAAGCUUGACCGAACGGCUUUGAUUUUUCACUUUGAUGAGGGAAAGUCAUCGCAGCAAUGAAAUGAAAACUGUCUAAAUGAAGGGAGCAGCUCAUCAUCCCUGUAAAAGGAGAUUUGUAGACCAGUGAAAGCUAAAGUGAAAGCAAGGUUGUGAUCUUGAACAAUUGGGGCGGCGUUCGCUGAGCUUGUAGCGGAUUCAAAGUGUUUGAUAUCCGAAGAGGAGGGUUCUUGUCUCUUGUGUCUUGUCUUGCUCAAGGACACUUAAGUAUUGUGGCCACUCAGCAGAUGUUAAAGCACUUAAACCUGUGACAUUUACAUUCCUGGACAGUCUGACUAAUCGCAGCUCUGGCCUGGUGCCUGCUGUCAUUUCUGUCAUGAUCAGUCACAAAAUCAAUAAAGCAAUAACACACAUGGGAAAGGAAAUAGCUGCAGCCUGUAGUCACAAAAUACCUUGGGGAUGUUACAGCUUAUUUACAGCAUGUUCAGCGUUUUUACAGGGGUGUCAGACAUUAUCCAAAGAAACGAGCUUUGACUGUUAAUUUGAUCAGAUUUUCUCGGGCUCUCUACCAACAAAUGUUCUGCAGUAAACAUGGCUGCGUGCUUCGGGUGAUUGGAACACAGGGAAUAAAUUAAGUGUAAAAUGCUAAACUGUAAACGAGACAGACAUUGCAGACAGUUUUGGAGUUGUGUUGCUAGGAAACAGCUCAGCGCCAUCUUUAUGUCUUUUCAGUUAUUAAUAUAAGCUACAGGAAGCAAACUUUGACCCAUUCUGUGGGUUAAUGUCUGAGAAUGGAGUGGUCUAAUCUCAGGAUGUGGGUGCUGUCACAGGGUUUCUAUACAGGUUGUCUGCUACAUUAUUCUUCAGUAUAUCAGGGCUCUGUCAGUAUGUAGUUGACUGCUGAAUAAAAGCCAAUCAGCCGUUUUUUCCCCCCCUGACUUGAGCUUUAAGCAUAUUUUCUUUGCAUGAAUUCAUAAAUUAGCAACUCACUUUAUUCUUACAGGUGCACCUGAAGGCUUAAAGGGACACUCCAGUGAUUCAGUAAGGCACUUGAGGGACUCCAAAGACACAGAUUACAAAAGAAUGAUCAAAAUUGGUGCAGCAGAGGUCAAGAUCUUCUCCAAAAAGCCUUGAUUAAUCAUUUCCCAUCACGCAACUCUUCUUGAUUAACCCUCUCUGCCUGGUAAAUGUUCACGUCUGUAAGGGGCCGUACACAUGCCACGUCCUUAACUGCAAGGUCAGGUACUCAGUGCUACUGUUGUGCCUACUUGUGCCAACUUUCAAGGGCACAGAGGAGGGCAGGUUGCAUCCAAGGUUGCUAAGUGACCAUAACCAGCACUGCAUCACAGUUUACUUACCUGAGUGCAGAGCUGAUUUUCCAGGCAUUGUUUUGUAAGUGUGGAUGAGGCCAAAAAUAUUGUCGGUGGGACAGAUGCAAAGCUCUGGGCAGCCCAGCACUGAAAUCAACUUCUUCCUCAGAAGAAGGGAAAGAUAUCUGCUAUCUGUGAUUGGUUGUUCCUCGUCACAUGACAUGCGGUGCGCACUGCUGCUUUCUAAAAUUUGAACUCUGUUUAUCUCUGGGCGCAGCCGUCACGCCCUGAAAAACAGGCGCUUGGGAGCUGUGAUGGCGUCGCUCAGGCUUUUGAGCGCACCUGCCUUGCAUCUUCAUUGAAAACGAUGAAUUUGAGGGUACCAAAAUGCAACAUGUGUACAGCCCCUUAACCUCAAUGCCACCACUUUAUAGCACAGGCUUUCUGUUAAAAAUGUGUUGUUUUAAAGCCCAAGGUGAGAUAACCCCGAUGACAUCAUUAUGACAACAUUGGGCUUAUUUUCUCGAUCUUGACAUGGCUCCUCUAGAGCCACGGGAAACAUUACACGACAGUUGUCACAGGUUGAGUAGUACUAACCACGCCUAGUAAACUGCAGUGCCAACUUUGACCUUACAGAAUAUUGUUUCCAAAAUCACAAACGUCAGUCUAAAACAAUCACCAUCAGCCUUUAAAACCCUGCUAAUGGUCCAGCUCUCUUUUCAGCCAACUUCCUAACCAUCAACACAUGUUCAUAGCGUUCAGCACGUGUGUGUAUCCUGUACAGAUGUGAGUCUCCAGGGCUGUGUUGCCCCACCACCUUCACCACAAUCACCCCCCAUCUGUUGUUUUGCUUGCAGAGUGGCUGCCUGUCUACGGGGCUUACAUGCCUUCACGGCCCUGGCCCCUCGCCAGCCCUGUGGCUUCCACCGAUUGAUCUUUUCCAAGAAACAUUAGCGGCAGGCAGGCCGGAAAUCAAGGAGGAGGGUGCGGGGGUGUGGAGAGUCACUUUACUUGGGUCUCUUUCUGACUUUGUUGUUCAAGUCAUUUCUUUCUUUUUCCUCUCUUUCCGGUGGCUCCUAUAUGGGUCUGGAAUGUGUGGUAACCUUUAGCAAAACACAAAACAAGUGCCAAGUGUGCCAUCUUGGCAAGCCAAAAAACUACUUUUCCUGUAGUUUUGACUCCUCGUGUCACAUAUCACAGUCUUCAUCAGUGGAAGAUUGCAGCUGUUAUAUGUUAAACACCCUCAACCCUUCAAAUCAACGAAUUAAGUUCUCAAAAAUGGGAACCAGAAUAUGCCUCCUGUCAGGCCACAGCGACAGAAAGCUGCUGCUGCUGCUGCUGUUGUCUUGGCUGCAAACAUGUUGUUAUUCUCUUCAUGUAAGCGACGGAAAGCAUUCGCAUUCCACAAGCUGAGCGAUCGCAUUAACUCCGACAGCUGCAACUUUGUGUCACCACUGAUUGGAAAGUACUCGGUGUUACUAACCACAAGCAUUGCCCAAAACAAGUGCAAGUCUUUUAACUUGUUUUUUUGUGCUUAGUUGGACUCCAGGGCUGGAUUUGUUAGUAUUAGACUGAAACCUAUCAAUGGUAUUAUAGGGGUCAGUUCACCCAAAUAACAAAACACUUCCCUCUAGUGCUGCAGAAUCCAGCUUUUGUUUUCUAUCAUCCCCUUAUACAAUGGAGGAUAACAGCAUUGAAAAAUGUCAUUUAUUGUCUCUGCAGUUUUUCUUGGAACUACUUUCGACCAAAGUAAUACUGCCUAUGAAAACUGAUGACCACAUAUUCUGUGAACAGCCAGAGUCACAGACGCUGUUCCUGGAAAGAGAUGAUGCUAUUGAAUUUUUGUAGGUUUGUGAAAACCACAAAAGAUAUUCUUUAAACUUCCUUUGUACUGGGGUGAAGGCAAAUGUCUCAAAACUUUGCCAGAUCCAACCAAAACUAUCUGCAUGACUAGAAUACCACUAGAGGUAGGUGAGGACAUUUGUGUGAACUCAGCCUUUAAAACGUUAAAAAAAGUACCAGUGAAAAAGAGAAAGCCUCAGAAUGUUGGAUUCUUCCCCCAAGAACUAAAACCUUCCUUUUGUUUAUGGGUCCUUUUAAUGAGUAAAUCAAUUGGGCGCGGUCCAGUUCUGUUCAGUGAAGCAGCCAACUCACGUAAAAGUUCCAUGGAAAAUAAUUUGCCCUAUCACACAUUGAAGUGGGCUCCAAUUCAGCAAAGCAAAUACACCAAAUUAGGUAGCAGUGUAGAGGUGGUGUUGCAUAUGAAAUAGUGGAAACUUUAGUAGUGAUGAGCAGGAAACUCCUGUAAACAUGUCGCGUUUUGUCCAAUGAACACGUCUGGUAUCUAUAAUAGCAAAAUAGGAGAGGUGUGAGCGAGUGUUUGUCAGUCAGGGCUCAUAACACGACUAUUUGUGCUCCAGGACAGAUUGUUGGCUUCGGGGGUGGGUGUGGGACCAGUCUGGUCCAGGAGUCCAUAUGUUGUGACACCGCAGAUCAAAAAGAUGAAAGUCAGUGUGGCGCUGCAGAGACAGAUGGACGCAGUGACACAUACUACGUGCGCGAAAAGUCGGGCACACAGACAGGCCGACACCUGGCUGCAGAUCAGAUGCCAUCAGACACUGGAGGGAAGGGAUGUGUGUUGAAUGUGUGUCUCUUGUUGCUGCGUGAGACUACGCAAUAUGGCCAAAAGUAUGUGGACAACACUCAACAUUAUUUUGUGUAAUUUUGCAUGGUUUAAGGUUCGGCCCGUUUGUUGCAACUGUGAGAAUCAUUGAAGUAUUUCUCAGUGACAGCAAAUAUAUGUGACUAAACAGUCAGAGUUUAAUAUUACUCUAGGGGUACUACUGAUUAAAAAUUUAAAGGAAUAGUUCAACAUUUUGGGAGAUACUCCAGAAAGUCACCGGGGCUGGACCUGAAUGUCAACUAUUUGGAUUAGAGUCCACCCAUGCACACACAUCACACAUUAACAAGGCUAACUGUUAGCAUCACACGGCUAACUUUAACGAGUUAAACAAUAGAGUCAAGCCAUUUCGGCGUUGGUGUGAGUUUGUUGAAACCGUUAAACAACAGCAAUGUUGUCAGAUGUUAGCCGCUGCUACCUUGUUGGCUCAUGCUAACCAGGCAGACGUUUAUCUGACCGUUCGCCGGGAAGAAAGCGGCUCCUGAGACAGUCUCCUACAGCGUUGCAUCUAACCUGUGUAGCAGAAACAUUGUGUUUUGUAAAUAUGAAUCUCAAAUACUAAAUUGGUUGCAGUUACUAUGGUCAGAUUUGGAGUCUACUGUGAUGACUCCCAUCCCAGCAAAAGCUUCAGAUAUUCGCUGCUGAUUACUACCAAAGCUCCAAAAGAUGCUACAUACUGCUACCAGCCAGGAAAUUGUCUGGUUUAUAGCCCCAAUAAAACAUCCAGAUAUUAUUUUUACAAUUCAGCAAUCAGUUUUCUUGGCAAAAGGACGGAUUUCCCAAAAUGUCAAACUUUCCCUUUACCACUCAGCACCUUUUUAACUGCUUUAUCAGGACUUUGUGGGCUUGCUUUCAUUAGAACUGACCGACAAUGAUCAUAACACCCAUCAGCUGUCAUCAGAUUCUGAAUCAGAAGCUGCUGAAUCCUGAUUGCUGCUUUUUCCGUCUUUGUAAUUGAGUCACACCCACUGCAAACCAGCGGAAGAGCAGGGACAAAAAAGGAAAAACAGAAAAUUCAUGUGAAACAGCCAAAACUACUCCCACUUUGGCAGAAAAUACUGUGUCCACGCAGGAUCCCAUCACUCAUAGUAAGAAGUUGAUUGCGAACAUAUGUUUUCAAGGCCUUUAAUGCUACAGCAUACAGUGAUAUUUUAGACUACUGCCAACUCUGUGGCAAUGGUGGGAAACCUUUUCCUGUGUCAACAUGACAGUGCCCCCAUGGCCUGAGUAUGGUCCAUAAAGAUGUGGUUUUCUUAGUUCAGUGUGGAGGAGCUUGACUGACCUGCAUAGUGCACUGACAUUAACCUCACCCAACACCUUUGAGAUGAAUUAAUUAAUGCUCCUGUGGCUGUGUUGGAGAAAAUCACUGCAGCCAGGUUCCAAAUUCUUGUGGAAAGCCUUCCCAGAAGAGUGAAGCAGUUACAGCAGCAGAUGAAUGUCCAUGGUUUCGGAAUGAGACGUUCAACAGUCACAUAUGGGUAUCAUUUUCAGAUGUCUACAUACUCUUGUUCAUGUAGUGUGUUUAGUCCUUUUCUGCGUGCAUGUGUGUGGUCUGCUUUGUAACUUGAGCCUACCUGCAAUUCCCAGAAACUUGCCGUCCCCAAGCAGCCCAACCUGAAGUGAGACAGAGGCAGAGAAAGAGAGGGUGACAGGGUUAGAAUAAAGAGGCAAACAAAGGGGAGGGAAAGAGGGCAAGAGCGAGCCUCUAGAGGGGUUUGAAUUCCCCGCAAUCAAAAAUGGAGACUGAGAUGGAAAGAGGGAGUGACUGAAUCUUACAAUCACAGACUUCCCACAUUUAUAGCCCCCACCAUUUUUGGGUUUGGUUUUGCACUUAUGCUUUUGUGUGAAGUCAAUCGAUUCUGUUUUAAUUAUUGUUUUUGGUGGGAGUCUGAGAAAAAGAGACGACACGAUGAUGACUUUUUUUUUUUUUUUUUGGCCCUCUGUUUUUCUAUUUAACUUUGUUUUUGUACAUUUUUUUUGUAACUUUCAUCCACUUGGCAGCUUGAUAUUUAAUGUCUUUUUAAGGCGGUGUGUGUAUGUGAGUAAAUGUGUAUGUGUGUGUGUGUGUGUGUGUGUGUG